UGAAAAUUAUUGUAGUCUCUAGUCUCUUUUCCUCUUCCUGUGUCUAUUAUAGAUGUUAAUAAUUUGUAAAUAAAUUAAAUAAUACAAUUAUAAAACGGUACUCCAGACGAUGUUUGAUUCUGGAUCUGAAAAUUUAGGCAAAUGAAUAUCAUAAAAGUGCAUCCGUUGGUUGGGAUAUUUGCAAUUACUUCGCUUUGAUUAUUAAAAAUCAUUAUCAAUCAUUCUCAUUAAAGACUAAUUAAUAGAAAUGAGGGAAAAUGAAAAUGAAUUUAAAAAAGAAAUUUUGUAGUAGAAAUGGCAUGCGCUUUAUGAUGUCAUUUUCAGGCGUGUCGUUGGGAGUAUCGAAGGGGGUCGGGGAUUGUAAGAAAAUUGGCAUGGCUGAUCUUAUUUGACGAAAGUUAAACUUGCACAAAAUGUGAUUAUUAACAGUUACGUUCGUUAAUUUGUUUCUAAUUGAUAGUGUAAAUAUCGCAGACCGUAAGAGUUAGAAGUGAACGAACACUAACCAUGUAGAAAUAAAGCACAAAUAUUUCAAUUAACCGUCAUGUGGUUUAUUGCAUAAAAGGAAAACCAGUGUCGACAUGUCGUUUUUUAAUAAUAUUAAGAAGGUGCUUCACUUCGGUGGCAACGAUGCCAAAAAGAAAAAGGUUUUCAAUAAUGUGCGGAUGGAGUGCGAUCCCGAAGAGUUCUGGGACUUACUCGGCGAGCUCGGCGACGGUGCUUAUGGGAAAGUUUAUAAGGCACAGCAUAAACAUAACGGGCAGCUUGCCGCUGCUAAAAUGUGUAGACUGGACGGAGAAGAGGACUUAUCAGAUUUUAUGAUAGAAAUUGAUAUUCUGUCGGAGUGUAAGCAUCCGAACGUAGUCGAAUUAAUUGAAGCCUUUCAAAGGGAGCAGCAAUUGUGGAUGCUUAUCGAAUAUUGCGACGGAGGUGCGGUCGAUAGUAUUAUGACCGAACUGGAGAAACCUCUAAAUGAGCUGCAGAUUGCGUACGUGUGCCAAAAUAUGUGCAGGGGUCUUCAGUUUUUACAUAAAACCCAUAUUAUUCAUCGAGAUCUAAAGGCGGGCAAUGUUUUACUAACGAUGGCAGGUGGUGUUAAACUAGCGGACUUUGGUGUUUCUGCAAAAAAUAAAUCUACCCUUCAAAAGCACGACACAUUCAUUGGUACCCCAUAUUGGAUGGCGCCUGAAGUAGUUUUAUGCGAGACAUUCCGUGAUAAUCCGUACGAUUAUAAAGUAGACAUUUGGUCAAUGGGAAUUACACUAAUCGAAUUUGCUCAAAUGGAGCCUCCCAAUCACGAAAUGUCUCCAAUGAGAGUAUUACUCAAGAUUCAAAAAUCUGAUCCGCCAAUGCUAGAACAACCCUCCAAAUGGACAAAGGACUUUGUUGACUUUAUUGCGAAAGCUUUAAUAAAAGAUCCUCAGAAAAGGCCAACUUGUGAAGAUUUGCUGAAGCAUCCGUUUAUUAAUUGCACUUUGGAUUCAAAGUCCAUUAGGGACCUAUUAUUGGAGUACAAGGCCGAAGUUGUGGAAGAGGAACUAACUGAUGAUGAUCCAGAGCGAGGUAGAAAACAACGUAAAAAUAAAGGUUUCUAUCAAAGAAUUGGCGGCUUCCCGGGUUCCCCACAGCCUCGCAUGCCAGAUCAGGACAAUCGAACAUCACAAGUUCCACUGGAUAUAGAAGAUGACUCGUCAUCUGUAAAAAGUACAGAGGUUGACAAUAAACCAGGCGAAGCAGAAACCGGAAAAAGAGAAAAUGACGCCGAAGACAUUGAUCGUAAAAAAUUGAAAAAAGACUCAUUCGGAAAUAAAGGCGAAAUAAUAACGGCAGAUAAAAAGGAAGAGGUACAGCGCAAAUCGUCAAGGGACAAAGGCCCUGCACCUCCUCCUCCUCCACUUCCAGCAAAUGUGCUUCAGCCAAGUUUAUUAGAAACUAAAAAGACAGAUACGGAUAAACCUACCAUUUCUCCACUUCCGGUACCUCUACCGAUUCUUCCAACGCCACCUUCUUCACCUCUUACACCUCCUAGCACACCCCCACUUCCACAAGCACCUGUCUUGCCCCCUAGUGUAGAUAUUGAAGUGCCUAAGAAAGAGGACCUUAAAACCGCAGAGAAAAAUGUGGUUGACGGUUCUGCAGCAAUGGUUAAUCGUAUACCUGCUCCUGUUCUCCAAAGUAAACAUUUCGAGUCGAAAUCCAACGAAAACAUUAUUAAUGAAGGUGUUUCGGUGAACAAUGUAGAAAAUUUAGUUACUGUUUCAACCCCUCAAAUGGAUCGUAGUAAAUUAAAUACAUCAACUGUUACAAUUAUCACAGAGAUGCCUGAUCCUUCAAAUAGUUUAGCAACGAAUAUUAGUCAAGUGACCGUGGUUACCACCCACCCACCUGUUUUGGUGGAUAACAGUUGUAACUCAUCUCGAUCAUCGAGUUCGAUGGCAACCAAUAGUGUUAAUGAAGUUGUGAUUGUGGCAAACGAAACUAAUAAAACUCACUUGAACGAGUCGUCUACGGACGAAGAAUGCUGUCCGUCACUGGACUCUCUGGAAUUUCCACCACCGACCGAAUUCAGGGACAAACCAGUAAACGCUAAAAAAUUAGACGAUAGUGAAGUGUUUAUUGCCGACUCGAGUUACGUAAUAAACGAUUCGGGAUUGGACGUAUCGGAGGACGGUUCCCAUCUUCUCGACACUAGCCACGUUUCGGUCGUCAAGAUAGAUGAGGAGAAGGUGCAAGUGAAGGAUUCCGCUUCAUUUAUGUAUGAUAAAGGCGGAGGCGGCGAAAACUUACGAGAGUCAAAUAGCGAUUUAUCGUCGGCUAAGAGUGGAAGUGGAAAAAGUGAGUGUAGUGAUGAGUUGAGAGGGACUUCGAUUGUGUUAGAUGGAACUGUUAUAAACACUGAACCCAAGUAUAAACUUAACGGCCAAAUAAUUUAUGCUUCCAGUCAAGAUGAUAUAUCUAAGAAAAAUUACAAUGGAAAGUUGUAUCCAGAUAGCUACGAGUCAGUAGUCUCGGGGUCGCGAUCUCACAGUGAGAGCGGUUCUGUACGUAGCAACGAUUCUCGCAAACGUAUAUCUUCGGGCAUAAUUGGAAAAGGUAUGGAGCAGUCUGAUGGUGAGAGUGUUUCGUUAGCUAGUCAUGAUAGUCGGGGUAGUAGUGGUAAAGAUCAUAAAAAUGAUCAGUACUCAGAGUCGGGCGAUUUUGAAGAUGAUGUGGUGGUUUUAAGAAAGAAAGCUCCUGCUGUAAGAACCAAAGAAGAAGCACACCUUAACAACAUAAAUCGCAAGACACGAAAACGAACUAGGAAGUUUGUGAUUGAUGGUGUUGUUAUAACAACAACGACUAGUAAAGUUAUAUAUGGAGAUGAAGACAACACCAACACUCUCAAUCCGCAUAUAUUUAGGAAGCAGGAGUUGCGAGAAUUGAAAUAUUUGCAGAAACAAGAACAGAAGCAAUUUCAAGAUUUAUAUCUGAAGGAAAAUCUAGCAACGGAACAACAAGAGAAGCGAUUUGAGCAAGAAAGGUUAGGUCUUGAGCGUACUUACGAAAGCGAUUUGGAACUAUUAAGUCGUCAACAAAGAAUGCAAGUGGAAAAGGCGGAAGCGCAACAUGACGCAGAUCUUCGCACAUUGUCUAAGAAAAUACGAGCCGACCAAGAACGGGAAUUAAAACAAUUUAGGGAAGGGUUAAAACAAGAAUUGCGUUUGUUAAAAGCAGAGAUUGAACGGCUACCAAAGGAACUAAGAAAGAACGAGUUUAAAGUACGAAAAGAAAAAUUAGAUAUCGAACACUUAGAUCGCGAAAAAUCGUUUUUAGAACAACUCAAUGAUAACCACGAAAGCUCUUUACAUCGUCUUAGUGAUUCACACAGAGAGAAAAUUGCGUUAAUGGAAAGACAGUUUUUGCAACAGAAGCAACAGUUAACGAGAACAAGGGAGGCCGCCUUGUGGGAGAUUGAAGAAAAGCAGAUACACGAAAAACAUCAACUUGUGAAACGACAAUUGAAGGACAUCUUCUUUUUGCAACGACACCAAAUGUUGAUACGACACGAUAAGGAGAUGGAGCAAGUGAAAAGGAGGGCUAGUCGCAAAGAAGAAGAGUUGUUAAAGAAACAAAGUGUAGAGAAGAGGUCGUUACCAAAAAGGAUUAGGGCUGAAAUGAAAGCACGCGAACAAAUGUUUAGGGCUUCCAUGACGAUUUCUGUAUCUGGAACCUCUGAUCCAGAGACAGACAAACAUAAAUUUAGAGAGUUUCAAGAAAACGAGAAGAAAAGGUACCAAGCCGAACAGCAACGUUUCGAUUUAAAACAUCAGCGCCAGUUGGAAGAACUUCGAGCGAUGAGUGACGCAACCAUUAAAGAACUUGAACAGUUGCAAAAUGAAAAGCGAAAGAUGCUGAUGGAGCAUGAGACGCUUAAACUAAAACAGCGAGAGGAGGCGUUCGCUAAAGAAUUACGCGAGUGGAAGGCACAGUUAAAACCUAGGAAACAAAAAUUGGAAGAGGUAUUUGCGCAGCAGUUGGAUGAACAGGAAAGGUUAUACGGUCCAAUAAUGCCUUUAACAUUACCUCACGAUUUACCAGAAAUCAACCAAGACUGUUUGCAUUUAGGGAUUGGAUCAACACGAAGUAGUUUGUCUUCUGUUUCUGAAAGUUAAUUAGUAUUCAUGUUGAAGAGCGUGUAUAGUAGUUAUUUUCUUUUAUUAAACCAUUAAUAGUUCAAACUAACAUGUAAAUUGAUUAAUGUGUAAUUAAAUUUGUAUUUCAAAUUUUAAAAUUAGCCUGUGUUACGAUGCACUUAGUAGUUAGCGGGCGGUUUUAAAAAUGAGAGACAAUGUACAUAUUGUCUCAACAGACUGAGUAUUAUAAAGACUAGCAUUAAUAGGAAUUGAUACUUGUUAAUAUUAUUGGCCCAGUCGAAUUUUUAGACCUUUUGGUUGAGAUGAAUAAAUUGAACUUUAAUUUCAAUUGCUGCAACCGGUGGUACUAUUUAAUGUUAUUUAAAAACAUUGGUUUAAACGUAAAUAACAGAACUGUUUGCUUGUUGUGAAUUUUCUCAUUAAUAAUUUUCUAAUUUGCUCUGAGAGGAUGGUUCGAGUAUAAAAUUUAUUCUUCUCGACCGCUGUUAGUUCGCCUGGUCUGUUUUGUCUUUAGAAGACCUUUAUUGCACCGAUGUUUUUAUACACACCAAAUUAUUUAUUUCGUUAUACAAUUGAAAAUGCUACAAUACUUACUGCACGAAUCUCAAACAUAUUCGCGUAUAGUCUUAUUUUAUAGCAAAAUUACUUUUAUUAGCAAAUUGACAAUCAAGAAUGCUCGAUUGUAAAUCAGUUUAACUGUAGCAAUUUGUGUCAAAGUGAAUAUUAGUUACCUGCCGCUCAGACUGGCAAGGUUUUAAAUGCGUGUAUAUACUACAUAUUUAAACGUUGUAAUAUGAAUAAUUUUUUUUUGUAGUUUUAAUAUUAGUUUUUAGUGUAUUAUUUUUGUUUUGCAAACUGUAUCAAAACUUGUUUUCUUUUAUAUAAUCUGUGCAUAACGAACAGGAUUGUUGUCGAUUUAAAAAAAAGGCCCCAACCUUCUAACAAUAUUAAUAUUUAACCCUACUAAUCGAUAGAUUUAUUUUAUAUUCGGUAAAUAAAAGUAAGGUGAUAUGUAAGAUAUUAAAACCUAUUUUGAAAUUGAUGAAUGAGAUUGAAUAGCUAAUAUAUGAAAUAUACCAUUUUAGUCCUG